AUGAUAACCAAUGACAGCGAGAAUGGAGAGAAAGUCACCAAGUUGAUGACGAAGAAGUCGCCUGUACCAAAUAGCGACAUAAAGGGAGACGCUAAUUCAAGUCAGAAAGCAAGUUCUGAUGCAAGCAGGUCAAAGAAAGUGCAAGCAAAUGACAUGGUGAUAGGAAAACACUAUUUUAACAUAGGUAUGAGAGAGGACGUCAUGUUGCAGGAUUGCUAUCACUCACACAUGAAGCAUUCUUUCCCCGACAUUGAUUAUGCUUUCUUUGGUUACGAUUUAUUUCGGGGAUAUCCACUAGCCCAUGGUCAUGAUCCUGGUUUUACGUUUCCUAUCUUUCAUGCUGACUAUACGAACGGGAAACAGACUGCAGAUUGCAGGUACAGCGUUCCCAAAGGUCUUGUUAUUGUGCCAGACGUAUCUUGUGUUACGUCCUUCACCUCUGAGAUUAUAGAGAACAACAAGCAAUUAAAUCAGGAGUUGUCUGUACAUGCUGAUGCCGGUGGCAGCGGAUUAGGAGUCGAAUUCUUGGCAAGUGUUGGAUAUCGACAGGCAUCUUUUGAUUUGUCGACUCAUAAAUCAGUUUACAUAAUAUCCUCAGCACGUUGCAAUUACUAUUUCAGCAAGUUUCAGACAGAAAAUGCCCCGCCCUUUACAGAUAUCUUCGUUCAUUGGAUAGAAAAACUGAACACUACAUCAAGUAAUUCAACAUAUCUCGACUUCUUUCAUACCUUUGGCACACACUUUCCUAAAGAAAUAAUAUUUGGUGCAAGGUAUAUUUACGAACACAAAAUGAAAAGUUCGCUCUUUGAAAAGAAACGAAACAGUGGUGUAAAUGUUAAAGUACAAGCAAGUACCAGUGGGCUAAUCCGUGUUAGCGGUGGUUUUGGUCUUUCAAAAGAACAGAGAGAAGAAGCUUCUGAGUUCUCAAAUUCUGUUGAAACAAUCACAAUUACAGUAGGAGCAGCUCCGCCAAGUAAUGGGGAUGCAAUGACAUGGGCUGCUUCUGUCCAAAGCAACCCAGUACCGUCAAAAUAUAAACUGGAGCCAAUUGAAAAUCUGUUUAGUGAAGAAUACAUGGGAACGCUUGGUGUUGACUACGAGGCAAUAUCAGUCAACCUAAAGGCAUUGAAGGAAACAUAUUACGAAAGUCUUGCGUCUGAAUAUCUAUAUAACAAAAUAAACGAUAUGUCCAGUAAGUCUAGAAUAUAUAUAUGA